AUGGAAGUUGAACAAAAGUUCAAGAGAAUAUGUGUGUUUUGUGGAAGUAGUGCUGGUAAUAAAACCAGUUACAGAGAUGCUGCUAUCGAACUCGGAGCCGAACUGGUAUCAAGAAAUAUCGAUCUUGUCUAUGGUGGAGGGAGCAUUGGUUUAAUGGGUUUGAUUUCUCAAGCUGUUUACAAUGGAGGUCGCCAUGUCAUCGGAGUUAUCCCCAAGACACUAAUGCCAAAAGAGAUAACAGGAGAGACAGUGGGAGAAGUGAGGGCAGUAGCAGACAUGCACCAAAGGAAAGCUGAAAUGGCUAAGCACUCUGAUGCUUUUAUCGCUUUACCUGGUGGAUAUGGAACACUUGAAGAGCUUCUUGAAGUAAUCACUUGGGCACAGCUUGGAAUCCAUGAUAAACCAGUGGGACUAUUGAAUGUAGAAGGAUACUACAAUUCAUUGUUAUCAUUCAUAGACAAAGCAGUGGAAGAAGGUUUCAUUACACCAACUGCUCGUCAUAUCAUUGUCUCUGCUCCUUCUGCUAAAGACCUUGUGAAGAAACUUGAGGAAUAUGUACCAAGGCAUGAAAAGGUAGCCUCAAAAAAAAGUUGGGAGAUGGAGCAAAUAGGGCUGAUCAGUCCCACUUGUGAAAUCUCAAGAUGAAAAUGGACUAAUUAAUUUUCUUAAUUAGGAUAAGCCCAAUUGAAUGUUUCUCCAAAUUGGGUUCCUUUUAUUGAUUGUAAACUUAGUCCCGGCAACUGGAAACAAACAAGUUGUCUUUCUUUUUUUUUGGUCAAAAAACAAGUUUUCGUUCUUUUUCUUGUGUAGUUGAUUCAGUUGUUUAAUGUAUUUUUUUUUUUUUUUGUAAUAUAUUUCUAUGAACGAUUCAAU